ACGUGGAUUCCAAAUCCAAAUCCAAAUCCAAAUCCAAAUCCAAACUCACUAUUUCCAUUUCCAUUCUCCACUUCACCCUUUCCUCUUUCCUCUUUCCUCUUCCAUUCCUCCUUACAAUGUCCACCACAAUCCACCACCUUCCCGACGCUCUCCUCACCAACAUCCUCGCCCUCCUCUCCGACGUCCGCAGCCGCAACUCCGCCUCCCUCGUCACCCACAAAUGGCGCUCCCUUGAGCGCCUCACCCGCACACACCUUACUCUCCGCGGCAACAUCCGCGACCUUCUCUACCACCUCCCCACUUGCUUCACCUCCGUCACCCACCUCGACCUCUCACUCCUUUCUCCUUGGGGGCUCUCCCUCGCUUCCCCUAUUGCUGAUGAUGCGCUCAUACUCAACGACGACCCUGCUUUCCUUCUUGCUCAUCGCCUUCGUAUCGCUUUUCCUCUUGUUUAUUCUCUUACUCUCUAUUCUCGCUCCCCCUCUACUCUCUCUCUUCUCUCCCCUUUUUUCCCUUCUUUGUCGAUUAUCAAGCUUGUGCGAUGGCAUCAGAGGCCUAAUCAUACUCCUCUCGGGUCUGAUUUUUUUGCUCUUUUUCAGAAUUGUGGCCUUCUUAAGUCGAUUGAUUUAUCUUGCUUUUAUUACUGGACUGAGGAUCUUACUCCCGCGCUUGAUGCUCAUCCGAACAUCGGGAGGAAUUUGAUUGAAUUGAAUCUCUUGAAUUUCUCGCUGUCCGAAGGGUUUAAGUCCCAAGAGGUUAUUGAGAUUACUAAGGCUUGCCCUAAUUUGAGGGAUUUUAGGGUUGGGUGUGUUUUUGACCCUAGGUAUAUUGGGUUUAUUGGGGACGAUGCGAUUUCAGCGAUUCCGUUGAAUUGUCCGGGGUUAAAGGUUCUUCACCUUGUUGAUAUUGCGCAGGGUGAUCGGGAUAUUGAUGAGGAUGGUUUUAGUAGUGAGGAUGCUGGGUUAAGUCUGCAGAGUCUUGUGGGGUUUUUCUCCGGGUUGAGAUUGAUUGAGGAAUUGGUAUUGGAUGUUUGGCGAAAUGUGAGAGGGAGUUGGGCUUGUUUGGAAGCUUUGGCUUCGAGAUGCCCGAAUUUGAGGUCGCUAGAGUUGGGAUGUUUCCAUGGAAUUUGUAAGGCAAUUGAGUCUCACUUGGAUGGGAUUGCCCUGUGUCAGGGGCUGGAGUCGUUAUCGAUCAAGAACUCAGCUGAUUUGACGGAUUUUGGAUUGAUUGCCAUUGGGAGGGGAUGCUCCAAGCUUGCUAGGUUUGAGGUGCACGGAUGUAGGAGGAUCACAAUGAGGGGACUAAGGACGAUGGUGUGCUUGCUUAGUAAGACACUAGUUGAAGUAAAGAUCUCGUCUUGCAAGUAUCUUGAUGCCCCUGCUUCGUUAAAGACAGUGGAGCCAAUAAGGGAUAGGAUUAAGAGCCUUCACAUUGAUUGUGUUUGGGAUGGUGAGAAGCCUGAGUACAAAGAUGAUGAUGAUGAUGAUGAUGAUGAUGGAAUUGAGGAAGAAAGUAGGGUCAACAAGAGAUGUAGGUUUUCACAAGGUAACACAAGCAAUGGAUAUCCGUUCAAGACAUGGGAACGACUUGAAUUUCUGUCACUUUGUAUCGGUGUUGGAGAGCUCUUGACACCAUUACCUGAUGCAGGGCUUGAUGAUUGCCCGAAUUUAAGAGAGAUUCAUAUAAAGGUUGACGGAGAUUGUCGAGAAAGACUGAAACCAUCACAGGGAACUUUUGGGAUAAGCUCACUGUGUAGAUAUCCUAUGUUAUCUAAGAUGAAGCUUGAUUGUGGGGAUACAAUCGGCUAUGCAUUGACUGCCCCAUCAGGGCACAUGGACCUUAGCCUGUGGGAGAGAUGGUUCUUGAAUGGAAUUAAAAGUUUGAUGCUGAAUGAGCUUGAUUAUUGGCCUCCACAAGAUAGGGAAGUUAAUCAAAGGAGUCUAUCACUUCCUGCUGCUGGACUUCUACAACAAUGCGAUACAUUAAGGAAACUCUUCAUUCAUGGAACUACUCAUGAACAUUUCAUGAUGUUUCUCUUAAGGAUUCCGAACCUAAGAGAUGUUCAGCUGAGAGGAGAUUACUACCCUGCUCCUGAGAAUGAUAUGAGCACCGAAAUGAGGGUAGACUCAUGCUGUCGAUUCGAGAACAGGCUCAAUGCACGUCAAAUUCCUGAUUGAGUCAGUUCUCAGUUGCCUUUCCAUUUUUCAAUAAAUUAUAUGGUUUGUUUGUGUAUGCUAGUAAUUGUCAUUGCACUGUAAUCUGUAAAUGGCUGAUAUGUAAUUCUUCAAAUUUUACUGUAGUUCGCUUUGCAACUCAAACUAUGAAAACUCUUUCUUCUUUUUC